AAGAAUGGAGGAGUGAGAAAAUAUCUUAACCUCUCCAAGUCUUUAUAUUGGUUCUUUCUAGCCAAUCUAUAGUAGUACAGUACCUCUUUCAACUUCCAAUUCUCCUUCCUUCUCCAACCCUUCACAUAUAUAUAUAUAUAUACACAUAAAUAUCAUAAAGAGCCCAAUGAAAUGAAUAGUAAUUGUUGACAAAAGUUAUAGAGUUUGGAAAUUCUUCUGCAUUUUUUUCUUCAGGUGUUCAUAUUAUUUGUAUAUACCCAGUUGCCUAUAUAUAUAAAUGCAUAGUAGUAGUGAUCAAGGGAUUAGGCAGGUGAAGGACGAGUUGGCGGCGGCGGAUCCGGUGGCUCCUCAGCCAAUAGAGGGACUUCAUGACGUGGGUCCACCGCCUUUUCUGACGAAGACCUAUGAAAUCGUAGAAGACCCGGCAACCAACGACGUCGUUUCGUGGAGUGGAGCCAACAACAGCUUCGUCGUUUGGGACCCCCAGAACUUCGCCAUCACUCUUCUCCCCAAAUAUUUCAAGCACAACAAUUUCUCUAGCUUCGUCAGGCAGCUCAAUACUUAUGGAUUUAAAAAAGUUGAUCCAGAUAGAUGGGAGUUUGCGAAUGAAGGGUUUCUCAGAGGACAAAAGCAUCUUCUAAGGAACAUUAGAAGAAGGAAAGGAGCUCAACCACCACCUCAGUAUUCACAUCAAGCAGCUUCUUCUUUGGACCCUUGUGUUGAACUGGGAAGAUUUGGUUUGGAUGGUGAAAUGGAUCGAUUAAAGCGUGACAAACAGGUCCUCAUGGUGGAACUUGUCAAACUUAGACAACAACAACAGAAUACUAAGACUUAUCUUCAAACAAUGGAAGAUAGGCUGAAGAGGACUGAGCUUAAACAACAACAAAUGAUAUAUUUCUUGGCCAAAGCAAUGAAGAAUCCUGGUUUUGUACGACAGCUAAUGGAGCAGAAGGAUAAGAGGAAAGAGCUUGAGGAGGCGAUUCGCAGUAAGAGAAGGCGGCAAGCUAUAGAACAAGGCAAUGUUAACAGUGUACUUGAACAAGUGGAGGUUGUUGUUGAUGAUGGUGAUGAUGAGGAUGAUGUUGAUGUUGUUCAUAUUGUUGAUGAUCAUGAUCAUAUAGCCCAAAGUGGAGGAGGGUCAUCAUCAUCAUCCGCUGGGAAUUUUGUGAAAAUGGAACCGCAUGAAGAUCACCACUAUAGCAAUACUAAUAUGUCAGCUGAGUCGUUUGAUGUAGUUGAGGAGUUGGCUGAUGAGCUUGCUAUUGACAUGACUGCUGGGGUAAGUUGUCAAAACAUGAUAAACAAUACAGAAGAGGAGGUAGUACUACAUGUAAAUAAUGAUCAGAUUGGUGAGUUACAAGGAAGCAAUAGUAGUAGUACUACUGUUCAUAAAGACCUUAUUGAUGCCGGUUUUUGGAUAAAUUUAUUGAAUGAGAACAUGGAGGAAGGGGUUGUUAUGGGUGUUGAUGGUGCAGUAGAAGAAGAUGAGGAAGAUGUAGAUGUAAUGGUUGAGCAGCUUGGUAAUUACUUAGCCUCUAGUCCCAAGUAAUUAAGACUCAGAAAUAAAUAUUAAUCGAUCAGAUAGAUCUGCUUCAUCAUUUCAUAUAUAACAAUAAUUAUAUAUUUAUGGAGAUUUAUAUAUAUAUAUUAUAUAUAUUUCCGAUAUUAUUCUCUUGACGACUGAUAUGUUUAUUCUCUUUGAUGUAGCUAGCUAGGUAGCUAGAGAUAGGAGGUCACCGCUUUGGUUUCUUGAACAGUACUUUCUUUCUGGUUUAUCAAUGAGCUAAUAUGCAAAUUGCAUUAAAGUUACACCAAUGACACAUGGGAAUUAAGCACCACAAACUUUAGUCAUGUCCAUGGAGACUGGGGUUAGAUUUCAUUUCCCUUGUGUAGUUAUCAUUGAUAUUUAAUCUCCUUUGACUCAA